UAACAUUAAUUUGAUUGACCUUGCUGCUCCGCCCCUGGGAUUCCGCGGCUUUUCCUUAACGCGGAUUCCCGAUUCUUGAUACAUUCAAAAUCUUACCUCUGUUUUCUCUUUGAUUGUUGUAAGGUAAUCACGAAAGUCAAAUGGGGACUCCCCAAUUCCCAGAUCUUGGAAAGCAUUGCAGCCUUCCCGAUUGCAAGCAGAUCGAUUUUUUGCCUUUCACUUGCGAUUGUUGCAACAAGGUUUUUUGUUUAGAGCACCGUAGCUACAACCAACACAAGUGUCCAAAAGCUGAAAACCAGGAUGUUACUGUUGUUAUCUGCCCACUUUGUGCGAAAGGGGUUCGUCUAAAACCAGAUCAAGAUCCCCAUAUCAUUUGGGAGAGUCAUGUUAGUACUGAUUGUGACCCUUCAAACUAUGAUAAAGUCACUAAGAAGAAAAAAUGUCCUGUCCGUGGCUGCAGGGAGGUCCUAGUGUUCUCAAACACAAUCAGGUGCAGAGAUUGCACCUUGGACCAUUGCUUGAAACAUCGGUUUGGACCUGAUCACAAUUGUCCUGGUCCACAGAAUCCUAACAUCGGUUUUGGAUUUAUGAGUAUGUUAAGUAGGAGUAGAAAAGAAGAGCCCAAAACUAACCAAUCUAGGGCCAAACCCUCGCCCAAGUGGUCUAGUUUUCUUACUGCAGCUUCAAACUUUCGAGCUUCAGCUGAAGCAAGCAUGGCAAAAUUGGGUAGUGAAAUUAGUCAAAAGUUGCAGAUAGUGAAUGGGACAGAGCAGAGUAGUAGUAGUAGUGGCAGCGGUGAAGGAAUUGAGGGAUGCCCUCAGUGUGGGUUGAGGUUCUCCUCCGUUACAACUCUGAUAGAACAUGUGGAGAAAGUUCAUGAAAAGCAUGGCAACCAGGCUUGUCCAAAGGUGACAAUAGAUGUAUGUCCAAAGUGUAGUAAAGGGUUUCGUGAUCCAGUAGCUCUUGUGGAGCAUGUUGAGAGGGAUCAUGGUGGUACGUCAAAAGCUUAGCAAGGGUUUGCCAACAAAUCAACUGGUUACUCAUCUGGAGAAGCCAUUGUAAUUCCAUUGCACAUUGCUUUCAUUGAUCUAAAGCUGCACAAAAACACUGUUUGGGCUGUAUCUUGAACUUAUAACACAAAAUAGUUCUUUCAGAGUGGACUUGCUGACAGCCAAAUUGAUGUUAUAGUUUUUGAAGUUUGUGUAUUUUGAAUCCUCUAUUGUACUCCAUUCUGGAGAGCAUAUGGAAUGAAAAGGUUAUAUACAUUUAAAGCA